GCUAAUUUCUCGACAGGCCUCCACGGAUUCGCUGUGUACAGCACGUACAAAUGGGCAAGACUCUAGUAAAACAACGGAAGAAAGCGGCGAAGCUGGCGCAAGAGUCCAACCAAAACGGCGGCCCCGCUGCUGGAGGCGUGCUGGCAGCCAUUGCAAAGCGACUAAAGUACAAGUUGCCCAACCUGGCCAAUGCCAAGAAGAAGGUCAAGCUGGUGCCGAUCAUCAGCGAGGCUAUGAACGUGCGCGCCUGGGAGGACGCGGCACAGCUGCUGGAGAUGUUGGAGAAGCAGCAGAAUGAGGGGCAGGCGGAGGUACCCAAGCUCGGGGCUAUCAUGCGGUGGGUGCGGGCGGCGGACCUUGCGGGCACGGAGGCCGUCGCCGCCAAGCUCCUCGCGGGCAUCAUGCGCGUGGCCUCAGGCCCUCAGCCUGCUGCGCCCGCGGCAGGCGGCGCCGGUGCAGGCAACGGCAACGGAAGCGGGAGCGGCCCCAGCACCAGCGCCCAGGAGGAGGGCGCUGACGUCGGCGCGGCCACCGGCGGCGGCGCCAUCCCAGUGCGCCGCUUCGCGCCCUGGCGGCCGCCGCCUGUCGCCGGCAGCGCUGAGGAUGGCGAGGCUGCUUCCACCAGCACCAGCACCAGUGCUGCCGCAGUGACCAGCAACGGCGCCACGCCCAAUGCGCGCACGGUCGCCUCAAUCAGCGCGGUGCGCGCCAAGCACGGCUCCUACACGGGGCGAUUCGGCGUCGUGCCGCUGCCGGCAGAGUACGCAGGUACAAACGCCAAUGGCAGCACCAUGACUAAUGCUGCGGCAGCCGCGGCGGCGGCGGCGGCGGCUGCGCAAGACGGCGCCAAGGGUGCAGGAGGCGCCGCCACGCUGCUGCCCAAUGUGGCCAAGGACCUCACCAUGUUCUGCACAGAACCCGACACCAUCAAGUGGGAGCAGGAGCGGCCGGCGGCGACACGGGUGGAAGUGCCUUUCGUGACGGGCGCGUUCGUGCUGGUGGGCGCGCUGUCGCGGGAGGAGUGCGCGCAGAUCAUGGCGUGCGCGGAGGAGAUGGGCUACACCGUGGACCCCGAUUACACCUUCAGCGCAGCGGCCCGCGCGGCGGCCGCCGGCUCCGGUCUCUCCGGCACCAGCAGCAGCAGCGCAGCGCGGAACGGCGGGUCGGGCGGCGGCGAGCGCGGCGCCGCGGGCUGUGUGUGGCUGGCGGACGAGUCGCUGCAGGGUCCGCUGUACGACCGCAUCGCGCACCUGCUGCCGCAGCGGCUGUGCGGCGGCGACCUGGCCGGCAUUAACUGCCGCUGGCGGCUGUACCGGUACGACAAGGGGGCGGUGUACCGCCCGCACGUGGACGGCGCGUGGCCGGGCAGCGGGCUCAAAGAUGGGCGGUACGAGUUCGACGCGUACGGCGACCGCUGGUCCAGGCUGACGUUCCUGGUGUACCUGAAUGACGACUUCGAGGGCGGCGCCACAACCUUCUACACGCCCGCACAGCCAGGCAGCGGCGCCUGCCUAGAGGCCCACAGCGUGGGGCCGGUAGCUGGCAACAUCCUGGUGUUUCCUCACGGCGACACCAUGGGCAGCCUGGUGCACGAGGGCGCGGCGGUGACGCAGGGCUCCAAGUACGUCAUCCGCACGGAGGUGCUUUACAAGCUGGAGAAGAGCGCGACGGGCGGCUGGGUAGGCGCGCCGCAGCCGGCCAUUCAAAUGCCGGCGGCCAAGGGCGCGGCAGGCAAGCAGCAACAGCAGUAGCAGCCAGCACGGGGGCGUGCGCAGAAGUAGGCCUGGCACGGUAGCGUAUUCAGAUGGAUGUGGCGCCGACGCGCCGGUUUGUCGCCCGGUUGGGUCAUUCGGGGGCCCGGCCCGGAAGACUGGCUCUAACUGAAUCGACCCUUGUCGGCCCAUCACCGCAUGAUGGCCCUGUCUUAAGCGGGGCCGGGCACCUACUCAGUCCUUCUCCACUUUGCUCUUUAGCCGAGAGAGUGCCAGUGUCACAGAUAACAGAGCUAGAAACACCAAGCCCGUCCUGUUGUACGCGUGCAUGCUGGACAAGCAGACGAUUUAGCGCAUGGUGCGCUAGUUGGCGUAUGAAGUCAUGGUAUUACCAGGUGUUUCUGUAGGAAUGUUUUUGGAUUGGACUCGGGAGAGGAAGCAGAGUGCCUGACCCCACAUGCCGAUGCGCAUUUGUCUAUGGGGUGGGGGGGUGAUUUAGGAAACAAAGUGCCAGACCUCAUCCCCCAAAGCCCGCGGGACUGUCCCCCUUGAGGGGACGACCCCCCCACCCCACCCCACCCCACAGAGGCAUAGACAAAUGCGCAUCGGCAUGCUCGUCAAACGUGUCAUCACGCGCAGCAGCGUUUGAGAGCCCCACCUUGCCACUGCGCAUAUAAUAUGUCGAAUGUGGGGACAUGUGCCCCAUGUCCGAUGCCAGGGCGCGCAGAUUGGCCCUCCCAUGCAUUGUUUAUGCUUAUUACGGCAUGACGUGCAUGUUUGAGCCUCGUGGUGCUGCGUUUGGCCUCUAGUUCUGCCUGUGUGGCACUCCCCGAAAUCCGCCAGGAUGGGCUCCCGAACCCAGGCGGACUCCUACGGUCCUACCGCCCCCCUAACUUUGGCGGCCCAGGAUUUCCUCACCUGACCACCCGUGUAAGUACGCGUGUAC